AUGGCCGGCGGGGCGCGCACCUUCGCGGUUCCCGCGGGCGGGGAGAGCAGCGACAGCGGCGACGACGACUGCUGGGACAUCGGCUGCGAGUCGACGCGGCAUUUGGGUGAAGUACUGCAGACUGAUGACAAAGUUGAGGCUUUUAAAAAAGCAUUAACUACUGGAAACUUGUCUGUGAUUGAAGAACUCUUAAAUUCUGGUGUAAGUGUAGAAUCUACCUUCAAGUUUGGAUGGACUCCCCUCAUGUAUGCUGCAAGUGUGGUUAAUGUGGAGCUAAUGCGCAUUCUUCUGGACAGAGGUGCAAAUGCAAGCUUUGAUAAGGAUCAAUAUACAGUUUUGAUGGCUGCAUGCACGGCACGUGCUUCAGAAGAGCAGAUUUUGAGGGGUGUAGAACUGCUCCUUUCAAGGAAUGCCAAUCCUAAUGCUGCAUGCAGAAAGAAAAAUACUGCAUUAAUGUAUGCUGCUCGUGAAGGCCAUCCUCAAGUCGUUACUCUUCUUGUUGCUCAUGGAUCGCAAGUAAAUGUUCAGGAUGAAAAUGGUUACACAGCACUAACAUGGGCAGCCCGUCAGGGACACAAGAAAGUAGUCUUCAAAUUGCUUGAACUUGGAGCUGAUAAAUCCAUACAGACAAAAGAUGGACAGACGCCAGGGGAGGUGGCAAAGAACAACAGGCAUUCAGAGCUCUUCAGUUUGCUUUCUUUGACUGCACAUCCUUUCCAGGGAAGGUUUCAGAAUUUGUCUAAGGAAGAGGCUAUUCAGAGACUUAUACAAAUACCAGAGGCAGCCAGAAGUCAUACAGCCAGUUCCUACACGGCCUUUGGUGACCUGGAAUUAUUUCUACACAGCCUUGAGCUGGAACAUAUAACAGAGGUGCUAAAGGAGACAGAUACGACUUUAAGGCAGCUUUUGACCAUGAGAAAAGAGGAUUUAAUGCAGAUUGGGAUUAAGGAUAUCAGAGAUCAACAGAAAAUCUUAGAUGCUGUUAAAGAAUUGCAUGUAGAAGAAGUGAAAUUUGAAGAGUUAUCUCGAGUGACAGACAUAGAAUUUAGCGGUGAUGAAUUUCUUACUUUUCUUGUGAAACUCAACAAACAGUGCAUUCACCUUACAACUGCUGUGCAGAGUGUGGUGAACCAGUUGCCUACAGACUCUCACAAGUUAGUGCUGGAAUGGAACCCACCCCAAAGCCUUGCUAAAGUUUGUGAAGACCUGGUUUCCAGUGCUGACAGUUUGAAUGGAGAAGUUAGCAAACUAAAAGAGCUCGUUAAACAGCUGCAGGAUGGACAGAACAAUGACCCUUGCCGAAUACAACCUCUGGAGAAAAAAGGCAGGUGGAAUAAAACUUUAUUUAAAAUGGCAGUUGUAACCUUGGUUGGAUCUGGAUGUGUCUUCCUCAUCACAAAGAUAUCUUUAAGGAAGAGCUGUAUUUGA